UAAAAUGUUGAUCCAAAAUUCCCAACUCAAAACUUAGAAAAAUUCAACAAUUCAAUGAGUGAAGAAGGCAAGGAGAGUCAUCAUCACCACCACUUCCCCCAUCAUCACCACCACUUCCCCCACCAUCACCACCACGGAGAAGACCAACCGGCGGCAGUGUCGGUGCCGGUGCCGCCACCGGAAUAUGGAACUUUUCAAGCAUCUUCUCAACCGGUGAUGGGAUUUCCUCAGCCGGUUCCGCCGCCUGGCGCUACGGGGGCACCUACACCUGAAUACUAUGCUCAUGGUUAUCAAGCUGUUCCAGGUUAUACUGCUCCUGAUCCUGAAGGAAGACCUGAGAGACAUCAUCGCCUUCCUUGCUGUGGCAUUGGUCUCGGAUGGUUCUUGUUCAUUAUCGGUUUCCUUCUUGCUGGCAUCCCUUGGUAUCUAGCUGCAUUUGUCCUGCUUUGUGCACAAAUUGAUCCUCGAGAGAAACCAGGAUACAUCGCGUCCACCAUUGCUGCUGUUCUUGCUACUUUUGUCCUCGUAUUUGGUUUGUCGAAGGAUUGACGGGAGAGUGGUGAUCAAUCUGUGUGUAUUCAUAUCGGAACGUUAUCUGGCUUUGCUUAAUUUGCAUUCUUUUCAGUAAAACUUCCAUAUCUUUGAUUCCUUCUUGUAUUUUUAAGAUCUGCUUGUGAAUAGUGAUAUGUGCUUGUAAGAGUAUAUGCAUGUGUAGUUAAGUUGAAUUUACAUUAUAUCGCACCAGAAUUCUCCGAUAACAUGUAUUACCAAUGGGUUAGAACUUUCUUGUGUUCUGUGAUGAGCAGUGUUAUAUGCUCGUGGGAAGUAGCAGGUAUCCGAUGUUAUAGUCAAUGGGAGUGCAAGUUGAUCACUAUUUUGACUAUAUAAAAUGUGUUUGUUUUGUACCAAUAACCACUUUUAUGGUCUUGUACAUAGAAGUUGAACAAAUGUGGUCUUUUAAAUGGAAUUAUUUAUUUUUCAGAAAUAUUAGUUAAUGUUCAAUUA